GUCAGACAAGGGAAUCCGCACCAUCCGCGCAGGGGGAGGGCGGCGGGAGCUGGUGUGCUGCAGGCGGGGGAGGGGCCACCAAUGAGGGAGCUGCCCGCCCCCGCCCCACCUUGGGGGCUAGGGCGCAGGCAUAAAGGGCAGCCUUACCCCGUCUGAGCGGCCAGCUCUCCGAGGGUCAUUGGCACCCAGAGAUCUCUCGCAUGAUCAUGUCUUCCGUUAAGAUUGAGUGUGUUUUGCCGGAGAACUGCCGGUGCGGCGAAUCUCCCGUGUGGGAGGAGGCGUCCAACUCUCUGCUCUUCGUCGAUAUUCCGGCAAAAAAGGUUUGCCGGUGGGACUCGCUCAGCAAGGGAGUGCAGCAAGUGACCGUGGAUGCCCCCGUCAGCUCUGUGGCCCUUCGCCAGUCAGGAGGCUACGUCGCCACCAUUGGAACAAAGUUCUGUGCUUUGAACUGGGAAGAUCAGUCGGUGGCUGUCCUGGCCACAGUAGAUAAAGAUAAGAAAAACAAUCGAUUCAAUGAUGGGAAGGUGGAUCCCGCUGGGAGAUACUUUGCUGGCACCAUGGCCGAGGAAACGGCCCCAGCAGUUCUGGAGCGGCACCAGGGCUCCCUGUACUCGCUCUUUCCUGACCACCACGUGGAAAAGUACUUUGACCAGGUGGACAUCUCCAAUGGUUUGGAUUGGUCCCUGGACCACAAAAUCUUCUAUUACAUUGACAGCCUGUCCUACUCCGUGGAUGCCUUUGACUACGACCUGCAGACAGGAAAGAUCUACAACCGCAGAAGUGUGUAUAAGCUGGAGAAAGAGGAACAAAUUCCGGAUGGAAUGUGUAUUGAUGCUGAGGGGAAGCUCUGGGUGGCCUGUUAUAAUGGAGGAAGAGUGAUUCGUUUAGAUCCUGAGACAGGGAAAAGACUCCAAACUGUGAAGUUGCCUGUUGAUAAAACAACAUCAUGCUGCUUCGGAGGGAAGGACUACUCCGAAAUGUACGUGACAUGUGCCCGGGAUGGAAUGGAUGCGGAGAAGCUUCUGCAGCAGCCUCAGGCUGGUGGGAUCUUCAAGAUAACUGGCCUGGGAGUCAAAGGAAUUCCUCCCUAUCCCUAUGCAGGAUGAAGACACAGAAAAUUCUAGAGCUGAAAUUUCUUUUUUUUUUUUCAGUUUUGUUUUUUUUUUAUGAAAUUUAUUGACAAAUUGGUUUCCAUACUAGAGCUGAAAUUUCAAUGUAGUUACCAAAAAAAUAAAUGAUGUGAUUAACAGGGCUAACUUUUUAUUUACAAUUUUUUUAAGGUAGAGCAUUUUAGUAAGGGGUGACAGGUAGUUUUGAUAACACUACAAGGCCUUCUGAAAAGGUAUUAUAGAAAUGUAGAGAAUUGUUCAACUGUAAAUUAACCUCUUGAUUCUUUGCAAAUAGAAGCGGAGUGGGGAGGGACCCUAUCUGUUCUGUAUUCCUUACUUAUUAUACCUAAAGCUUCAAAAA